CCAAUCGAUAAGAAAAACCAGUUUAUCUCCUUCUAGAAUUGAUUCUUUUACUUACUUCAACUACUGCUCGCUGUGCCUCUCAGUCGCCGUUGAUCCGGCGACCUUUUCCGGUGGUGGUUGGUGGGUGCUCCGGCAGCGUUGGAUUGCUUGUACUGUCCAAUCUUAUCAAAGGGCUUGAAUAUGAUCCUAAAUGGAUGCUCCUUGAGGUCUGGGGGUAUUUGUAAACCUUACAAGGCAUGUAGUUCCAAUUCCUAUGGAUAUGCAUCAUCAUGCAUCCCGCUGCUGCCUUCCAAGGUUAUAGUCUCAUGUGUUAGACAUUCACCGACACCUCAUCAGUAUCCAACAUCCUGCUCCAAAGGAUUCAGCUUCCUUGAUCUUUCUUCUGCAUCAUCACUUCUUUUAAGUGGUGAAUAUGGUGGUCUUUCUAAUGCUAUACCCCGGUUACCAAGGCGAAGCCAAAUGUCCAUGACCCCUAGAGCAUCGAAGGAUGUCCCUUAUAGUUACAGAUUCCCUCCGAUGACCAAAAAGCCAAGGUGGUGGUGGAGAACCUUAGCAUGCCUUCCUUACUUGAUGCCUCUUCACGAGACUUGGAUGUAUGCUGAGACAGCAUAUCAUCUCCACCCCUUCUUGGAAGAUUUCGAGUUUCUGACAUACCCUUUCCUGGGAGCUAUUGGGAGAUUACCCAGCUGGUUUCUAAUGGCAUACUUCUUUGUUGCUUAUCUUGGUGUAGUGAGGAGAAAAGAAUGGCCUCAUUUCUUUAGGUUCCAUGUGGUGAUGGGGAUGCUACUCGAGAUUGCCCUACAGGUUAUCGGGACUAUAAGCCGUUGGAUGCCACUCGCGGUAUACUGGGGCAAGGUUGGCAUGCAUUUUUGGACCGCUGUUGCGUUUGCCUAUCUGUUCACAGUUUUAGAAUCCAUAAGGUGCGCACUUGCUGGGAUGUAUGCUGACAUCCCAUUUGUGUGUGAUGCAGCUUAUAUUCAAAUACCUUAUGAUUAAUGAAAGCCAACAUAUAGGGUCCAUGUAUUACUCAAACUCUCCAAAAAUGUUGUCUCACUUGUGUUGGAUCCGACACACAUCCGAGCAACAUAGCCUUGUACACAGAUGAAAAUCAUGUUUCUUAUGUCUUAUUGUUCAAACAGUGUUAUUUUAUUUACUACCUUGGAAGAUCAUCAAAUAAUUUGUUUUGCUACCUUCACAGCCUAGUUAAAUGCUCUUUUACAUAUAAG